AUGGCUCAACCCACGCGGAUCAUCAUCUAUGUCUGUGUCGCUGACAUCCCGGGAAAUCCCCAGCGCCGCCAUCUCACCCUUGGAGAUGCCGUAUGCAGGGAUCUCCUCAACCGGAAGUUCCACGCCACGCUCCACCCGGCGGUCUACGAUCAUGUCCACAUCCCACCGGACUUUGAUUCUGUCCUCCCCCUCAAAAGGUGGUUUAUAUUCGACCUGAACGUUAGAGAAACUCUAUCUUACAAUGACGUUACACGAAUGCCCCAUCUCGUUUAUCUCGCCAGCCGCCAAGGCGAUGAAUGGAUGUUCAUCCGACGCGAUAAAUGGACUGAAAAGGCGAAAUCCCGCGCGGCGUCGUAUACAUGGGGCGGCAAUCUCGAGCAGAAGCUUGUCGCUGAAAUGCGAAAACAAUCUGGACGCUUGAUAAACGACACUCAUGGCCCUUCUUGA